AUGAAUAUAUUUAAGCAGAAAGAGAAUACACCUAAUACUAUAUCUCAUGUUUUGAUGAACAAGCAUAAAGGAAAAUUUCCGGAAGCGAUAGUAUCAAUCAGGCAGUUAGAAGAAAGAGACAUAAAUGAAGUGAGACAAUUGUUGUAUGAUCAUUUUAAUUCUUUAACUUUACCAGCAGUUAUAUAUUGGUCAAUACAACAUAUUUAUGAUUUAUUAGUUAUUAUAGUAAUAAAUUAUAUAUUUUUUUUGGAUUUAAAAAAAAUAUUUUAUUUUCUUAUAAUAUUUUUAAUAUAUUUAUAUAUAAGAGCCAAGUUAGAAUUUUUAAAUCAUAUAAGAAAAGAUUGCCCAGAUUUGGAAAAUUUAUAUAAGAGUUACAUUAACGUGGAAGGAUGUAAUUUUUGGGUAGCUGAAGUUUAUGAUAAUAAUUUUGGUUCAGCUAGCCGAACAACGUGUAGUGAUAUACAUGAAAGAGAAAAAAUUAUAUUAGAACAAGAAGAACAGGAAAAGUUAUUAUCAAAUAAUAAUAAAGGAAAUAAUAAUAACACCCUAGAUGAAAAGGGUGGAGAAGUGGAUCAAAAAUUAUUUAAACAUAAUUUAGAAAAUAAUGAAUAUAAUAAUGAAACACAAAAUAAAGUAUUAGAUCAUGUGAAAGAAAAUAAGGAAAUCAAUAUUAACAAUAAUAAAGAAGAUAAUAAAAAGGACAACAAAAAGGAUAAUAAAAAAGAUAAUAAAAAGGAUAAUAAAAAAGAUAAUAAUAAUAAUAAUAAUAAUAAUAAUAAUAAUAAAGAUAAUAAAAAAGAGAUUACUUCUAAUUUUACGUCUGAUAAUAAUAACUCUAAUUAUAAUAAUUUAUAUUAUAAAUCAAAUGAUCAAAUUAAUAACAACAGUGAAAAUCAAAAAGAUAAUGUAAAAGAAAAUUUGAAAGAUACAUCAUCUACACAGAAUGUGUGUGAAGAAAAAAAUAAUAAUGACACAUGUAAUGAACAAAAUAAAGACAAUAAUAAUAACAAUAAUAAUAAUAAUAAUAAUAAUAAUAAUCAAUUAAGUAAAUUUAAUAUUUUUAAAAAUAAAAAAAGUAGUAAUGAUGAUAAAGAUAAUAAUGAAAAUUGUUCUAACGAAAAAAAAAAUAAACUAUUAUUUAAUAUAAGUGAAAUAUCAAAUAGACACUUUAUGGAAACAAAAAGAAAUGUUUCAUCAGGAUUUAAUGAAAUAAGAAGAAAUAUAUUUAAUUGUAAAGUACAGGAUGAAGAAGAUUUUAAUAAAAAUAUCCUAAAUAAAAAAAUUGUAGGAUGUGUAGGUAUAGUACCGUUUAAAGGUGACAAUACAAUUGCACAACUUGUUCGUAUGGUUGUAAAAAAAGAUAAUAGAAGAAUGAGAAUUGGUAGCCGAUUAUUAACUCAAUUAGAAAAUUUUGCACAUGAACAAAAUUAUAAUGAAUUAAAAGUUUUUACUAACAAUUUAAAUACUGAUAGCUUAUAUUUCGUUAAGCAAAAUGGUUUUAAUUUAUCUCAAAUUGUUAGGAGAGGUCUAAUGAGAGGUGAUUUAUUAAUAUGGUCAAAAAUACUUAAUAAAGAUGAUUUUUAUAAAUUUAAUUCUCCAGAAAUACAGAGCUAUACAAAUAAUAUCUUGGAUUGA